AUGACCUCCGUCUUGGCCAACGUGCGAAGUCAUUUUUUGCAGCCCGGCAUGUCCAACGAUUCUCGUUACCAAUAUGCCGCUGACCUCUCACGACCCCUGGCCCCUUCGUCCUCGACGUCGACCUUGAUUCAGACAAGCUCCUCCUCUUCCUCCUCUAGCAACAUGGCCUAUUCCUCCUCCCUAGCCAUGCAAGCCCCUACGCCCGCUACCACUCUCUCAUCGGCUCCUACCUCCGAUGCUGCUUCCUUGUCCCAGCCUUCCCUCCUCUCCGCAUCCGCCUCUUCUUCACACCCAAGCUCGAUCUACUCCUCGGCCACCGUUCCCUCCUCACGAGCGUUUGACUCGGCUCUCGCUGGCUACUCGGCUUCGUCGACACUCGCAGAUGUAUCCGCCUCGUGUCCUCCCGAAGGUCCCUCGUUCUCCACCACCGAUUUCGAUGCCGAUCUCGCCGCUGCCGCAUUUGCGCCCCUCUUCAACAGCGAUACAACCUCCCUCGAGACUUCCUCAGCCCCGCUCUCGUUUCCCGCGCUUCCAGCCUCGCUUCUCGAUGAUGCACCAGAGUACGAAUAUUCGGUACACACGCGUCUCAACGUCUUUGAGGCUUCCGAUUACGGCUCCGACAUUCCGUCCUUCACCUUUGCCCAAGACGGCACCCCCUUGCUCGAUGCCCCCACAGGCUACGCUCUGUGGUCGACCGGCAUGGAUGGCAUCGACGCCAUUGACACUGCUGAUCUUUCCGCCUCGUCUGCAUUCGCCUACCCGGACGACUCGUUUGCUCUUGUCGACAACAACAGGCUAGACACGCAACCCAGAACUGCCGCUCACUUUGAUCUUUCGUCGCGACCCGAGACCCCCUUUGGCGUCAGUUCAAACGCCCUCUCCCUUGCGCCCACUGCUGCUCCGGGCGAUGCUCUCCUCGGUUCAUCCUCCUCGGGCUUGAACAACCUAGCCGGUACGUCGCCAGCAGACUUGGUCGACGCUGCUCCCUCCGUGCUCGCAGCAGGACCAGCUGCUACCAACCACCUGCACCAGCGGCCGCCCCAGCAGUCCACGCCCCAAAAACUGUCGCUCGAAACCGACGAGCUGUACGAAUCGCAUGCCGGGCCCUCUCGUGGCAUCCAGAGGGCUCGAGAGGCGCUUUCCGCCGCCAACUCUCCGUACGCACGUGAUCGUCCUGCGCUCCACGCUCAUCGAAGCUUCCACAACUUGUCUGGGCCCGCCGCCUUUUCUCCGCCCGACUUUAUUCCGGAACUUCGACGUCUCUCCACCGGAGGCGUGUACGCAAUUGGUGGCGCAGCUCGUGCUCCCAGUCGAGACCCUGUCGUGCCCAGCCAGAACGUGGGACGUGCGCGUCUCAUGAGCUGGCAGAGCGGCCGAGUCUUCUCUGGCGAGCAAGAUUGGCAGCUGGCCAACAUGGCCGACUCUGGUCUCGGCAUCGCCGGUGAUGCUGGUCUUGGUAGUGGAUCGCAGGGCAUGGCGGCAGAUGCGAUGGGAAUGCACUCGGGCGGUAUGAUGCCACCUUCACGCUCGUUCAGUCACGGUAUGCAUCCCUCGUCGUCUUCCUUCAUGCCGCACCACGGCCUGAACCCACAUCAGACGGAUAUGAUCAACGCGCUUGGAGACGCCAUGGACGCACGCAUCGACGUCGAUGGCAUCGCAAAGUGCCCUUAUCCCAACUGCAACAAGAGCUUUGCCAAGAACCGCUCGUACAAUCUCAAGGCUCACCUUCGCUCGCACUCGCAGCUCAAACCGUUUGCUUGCUCCGUCUGCCCGCGCGCUUUUUCGCGCAAACACGAUCUUGAGCGUCACAGCCGUGUCCAUUCAGGCGACAAGCCGUACGUAUGUGAAAUCUGCGGCAAAGGUUUCCCACGAAGCGAUGCGUUGCGAAGGCACUGGCGAGUCGAAAAGGAGUGCGGCGAUAAGGCGGCCGAGCUGGAAGCGAGUCAGUCGCUCACCAACGUGUUGGGCGAAGGAGGCAUGCCAUUCGAUCACGAGAGAAGUCCUGAUCAGAACAGUCAUCCGUACGCUCAAGCUCAACAGGGCGGUAGCUCUGCGGGCAUGUAUGCGCAUCAUCAGCAGCAUCCGAGGCCGCCACAGCUGCAUCAGCAGUAUUCGACUCAGCAACCACAAGCACAAGCACAACCACCACAACAACAACAUCAACUGCUGCAGCAGCAGCAGCAGCGAACGUGGGCUGAUCAACAACAACAUCAGCAGCCACUGAGACGUGCUUGA